GUUACAAAGAUUACUUUCCUUGUCCGAUCAAAUCCAAAAAAUUUCCUAUUAACGCACAAAAUUUCAAUAUUGAUUUAAGUAGGAAGGUGGAAAAUUCGGUGGAACAAUACACGUCUCAUAAGGACGACACCAUUACGCAACUUAGUCCUCUUUCUCUCUCUGUGGACUCUGUUCCAAGAAAAUCCUCUACUUAAUAAUAGCUGAUUUUACAGAUUCCUGCAACGAAAUUUCUGGGUCUGGGUUGAUCUCUGUCUCACCAGUCAACCCAAUUCAGGACUCUCAUAAAGGUGGAAAUGGCGGCGUUAUUAGCUUCUCAGAGCUGCUGCUAUGGUGGUGAGACCGCAAGAAUCACCAAAGCUAUUGGUUUCAGUGGCUCUGUAGAGAAUCCUUUCACUGGGGAAGCUACUCAGUGUUAUGGCAGCAAGUCCAAGAGAUUUCGUAUUGAGAUGAGACAGUCCGAAUCGCCCUCAAAGGUUGGAAUCAAUGGACGUUCAGUCAAAAUGGUUCCUGCGACUGAGGUGAUGAAAAGGAAAGAUGGUGUGAAUAAUGUGAAUGGAUCAGCGGUGAAAGGUGUUAAUGGAGCGAGUUUGGUUAGUAGUAGAAACAUUAAUGGUGCGCCGUCAACCUUGGUUAAGGCACCUAAGAAAACAACAGAAUCUUACCUUCCUCCACCGGUUGAAGGAGUUAGGGUUCUUCCUUCUGACGAAGGAUUUAGCUGGGCUGAUGAGAAUUACAGCUCACUUCAACGCAGUAUUGAUGUUUGGUCGUUUGUUAUUUCCCUGAGGAUCCGUGUCUUGUUCGACAAUGCAAAAUGGGCUUAUGUUGGAGGAUUCACAGAAGAAAAACAGAAAAGCCGAAGAAGAGAAACAGCUUCAUGGUUGAGAGAGAGUGUAUUGCAGCUUGGUCCAACGUUUAUCAAACUGGGACAGUUGUCUUCAACUAGGUCGGACUUGUUUCCACGCGAAUUCGUGGAUGAGCUUUCCAAAUUGCAGGACAGAGUCCCAGCUUUUUCUCCAGAGAAAGCAAAGCGCUUCAUUGAGGCUGAACUUGGGGCUCCUAUUAGUGUAAUGUUUAAAGAAUUUGAAGAGCAACCCAUAGCUGCAGCUAGCCUUGGUCAGGUACACAGAGCUGUGUUGCACAAUGGCGAGAAAGUGGUAGUAAAAGUACAAAGACCCGGACUAAAGAAACUUUUCGAUAUCGAUUUACGAAAUCUGAAGCUGAUUGCCGAGUAUUUCCAGAAAAGUGAAUCAUUUGGUACAAACGAUUGGGUUGGUAUUUAUGAAGAAUGUGCCUCAAUUUUGUAUAAAGAGAUUGACUACAUAAACGAAGCUAAGAACGCUGACAGAUUCCGGAGAGACUUCCGGAAUAUAAACUGGGUCCGCGUACCUUUGGUUUAUUGGGAUUACUCUGCCAUGAAGGUCUUGACUUUGGAGUAUGUACCAGGUGUUAAGAUCAACAACUUGGACGCCUUAGCUGCACGGGGUUUUAACCGUUCUAGAAUCGCAUCACGGGCCAUUGAAGCUUAUCUUAUCCAGAUACUCAAAACUGGCUUCUUUCAUGCGGAUCCACACCCGGGAAACCUUGCUAUUGAUGUAGAUGAAUCGAUCAUCUACUAUGACUUCGGCAUGAUGGGAGAGAUCAAAACAUUUACUCGGAAGAGAUUGCUUGAUCUCUUCUAUUCUGUUUAUGAAAAAGAUGCAAAAAAGGUCAUGCAAAACCUUAUAGACCUUGAAGCACUUCAACCCACUGGAGAUCUUUCAUCGGUAAGGAGAUCUGUUCAGUUUUUCUUGGACAACCUAUUAAGCCAAUCACCAGAUCAGCAACAGACUUUGGCAGCUAUUGGAGAGGUACCGAUCAAAACUGUGGCUGAAAAUGCUGAGCUCUUUCUCAAGAUAGUCAUGGUAGUUAGUAGUUACUAUGUGGUUCUUAAAUUAAAAAAUUCCUCAUUUCUGUGGCAGGAUCUGUUUGCAAUUUCCCAAGAUCAGCCAUUCCGUUUCCCAUCAACUUUCACAUUUGUCAUCAGAGCAUUUUCCACACUUGAAGGUAUUGGUUACAUCCUAGAUCCAGAUUUUUCCUUUGUGAAGGUUGCGGCUCCUUAUGCGCAGGAACUCCUGGAUUUAAAACAAAGGCAGCGCUCGGGAACUCAGCUUGUCCAAGAAAUAAGAAAGCAGGCUGACGAUGCCAGGUCUUCUACUCUGUCUAUGCCAUAUCGAGUGCAGCGAAUAGAAGAGUUUGUGAAAGAACUCGAUUCAGGCGAUCUAAAACUACGUGUUCGGGUUCUUGAGUCGGAAAGAGCAGCCCGGAAAGCGACAAUACUGCAGAUGGCGACAAUGUAUACAGUUCUUGGAGGAACUCUGCUUAAUAUUGGGGUUACAUUUAGCAACCAAGGAAGUCAGCUUGUUGCUAAUGGAUCCUUCAUUGGAGCUGGGAUAUUCAUGGCAUUGGUACUGAGGUCUAUGCAAAGGGUAAAUAAGCUUGAUAAGUUUGAGAAGAUGAUAUGAUGAUGACUGGUGGAUAGUUUAUUCUUUUGAAGCUCCAAACAUCAGAAAUAGAAUUGUGAUGUAUAGCCGUAUAGGUAUAGCAUGUAUCUUUUAGCUCCCAUAUUCAUAAUAUUUAUAAAUUGUAUAAAAACACUGUUAUUCUCAACAAUAAAAGGAAGGUCAAAGAUAUA